UUGGAGUGGCAAACAGUAUUGACCAUAAUGCCUUCGACAUAUCGGCAAACUCGAAAACCCGCCUGGACGUGCAUGCCAGUGGAUUUGUCCUCUGGACCGAGACCCAAGUAAUUUCCACAAGAUGUCAGCUGGACAUGAGUAUGUUACCAUUUGACACCCAGCGCUGCCCGAUCUAUGUGCAAUCGUCGACCCAACGGUUUGACGUCUUACAGCUUAAUUCGAAAAAUCAUUCGUUGGUGGAAUAUGUUGAGAACACCGAAUGGGAACUCGGUGGAGUAGAGCAGGAAACUGGUCUCAAGAGCUAUUCGGUCAAUAUCGGCGAUGGAGACAAAACGGUCACAGACACCUACUCCCAGUUAACCAUCACAAUCACCAUAAAGCGUCUGACCAAGUAUUACUGGGUGCAGCUGAUCGCUCCUUGCCUCUUCAUCCCGAUCCUCGUGGACAUGACCUUCCUUAUGCCGGCAGAAGCAGGCGAGAAGAUCUCCUUCAGUGUUACGGUGCUGCUGUCGUUCACGGUCUAUCAGUUGAUGAUAGCUGAAGACCUGCCAAAGUCAUCGCAGUCUACCCCAUUGCUGAUCGUCUUCCUGACCCUGAUGAUCGGCCUAUCCGCAUCCGCAGUUAUGCUGGCGAUAUUUGUGCUCACCAUCCACCACCAGAAUCCAGACAGACCGCUGCCAAACUGGUUUCGGAUCUUAGUUUUUGGAGGCCUAGCCAAGGUUACGUGCAAGAGCAAACAUGUCAGAGCGAACGGAUGGAACACCAAACGAGUUACAGUUCAUCCUCGACGGACAAAAUAACAUCUUUUGCGGAUCGGCACACAAUGAGGGGGAAAGCAAAUCCACUCUCCGCCUAUCGACGCUAGACCUAUCACUACCUGAAGUUGAACAAGCUAAUCAUGUAGCGACCCAUCAUUCGCGAAAUGUGCUCGGAACCAACAUCGCCAGCAAAUGGAGGGAAGACGCUGAACCGUCAUCACUGAGGGAUAACGGUCCAUGUUGGAGAUAUGCAGCAGAGAUAAUCGAUAGAUUUUUUUUCAUCAUGUACCUGAUCGCAACGGUUGUAUCUUUUCUCUCCUUCUUGGUUAUCAUUCCCUCCCUUCAGCAGUAGGGCUGGUCACAUCUCGUAUCUGUUUGAGUUUUCUGACCGUCACUGCUUAAACAUUUACAGAUAUUGAUGCGCGGUGAAUAAGGCUUACUGGACUUUGCGCAACGAAACGAAACGAGCGAAAUGGGGGAGCGACCAUUAUGUUUUACCCCGGUACUCUAGCCUGAAAAUUUGUUCGGACCUCGAUCGAAGAAGGUACGACAAACAAUUUAUUAAUCAAACCCUUAUGAGGUUCAUUGAUUUGAAGUAGAGAGGGUAACGUACAUUGUAUACACAAAUCAAACACACACGCAGUGCUUGCAUGCAUUGCAGAGAACGACUUUUGAGUGAUGACCCACACCCACCCAGGCAGCUGAGACACAUGUCUUGUUGGACAUGCCUACCGAUUUUUACUAAAUAAAAGCAUAACUUCAUCACACUUUUCGGGGUUGAAAAUGUACUCACGUAAAUUACCAAAAUUACAUGCCAAAUUCGCACAUGACCUGUUAUUUCUCAAAGCUUGGAAGCUCAAAUGUCUGAAUGUAAUGUAUGCGCGUAAUGUAUACUCUCAGCAAGCGAAUAGUUGUGAUCGUCGAUUUUUGAUACGAAUCGUUUCCUGUAUGGCCGUUACAAGCCGUUGUCUGAAUAUGAUGUGAACCUGUUUACCGUUCAAUGCUGCUCCCUGUGACGCUGUACCCGCAAAUGUUCAAUGAAAAAAAUGCUGGAUAAUGACUUACACGGCUUGUUCGCAUCGUAAACAUAGUGGUACCCGGGUAAACUGUCUUUGCGUUUGGCCUGAUUUUACAACGAUUACCCCCCAUGUAACCACGAUCUAGGAUGGAAAGGCUGUGUAUUAUGAAUAGGAAAAGUCACCUAGGGACCGUUGCGUAGAAUAUUUUUUUGGCGAAAUAUUGCGCAAAGUCCAGUAAGCCGGUGAAUAAGACAUUGGCGUAUAUUUGACCUUGAGCACGCUAUUUUUACAUGAUCUACGAGACAGAGUACUCCUGCAUAUGAUCACGUGUACAUUCUUUUAUCAACUUCUUUAUUUACUGCAUGA